AUGCAGGAGAACAUUGCGCAUGCGCCGAACGGCCGGGCGCCGUCGCCAAGGAUGCCGCGGCGGGCGAUGGCGUGG